GCCAUGCUCUUCACAUUUUCAAAUCCUAGAUCAAACAGCCUUCUAGGUUAAAACUUGGGAUAUUGUUUCAUAAAUUAGCCCUGAUUGCUUUAAACUUUCUCAUCAGCUUUCUCCCUGACCUGUCUGCUGUGUUCCUCGGUCUUCAUGAUGGUGAUUGUUCACUAAUGUUCUCUAACCAACCACUUAAGACUUCACAGAACAGCUGGAUUGAUACUAUAUUAAAUUACCCUCCGGUGGACACCAUUUAUUAAGUGGGUGACUUCUGAAGGCAAUUGAUUAUACUGGAUUUUAUCAUAGUUAAAAUGGAAAAAUUUCUGAGUUCAAAUUUGUAAAAAGAUGUCUGAAAAUCAUGUAAUAUUGUUUACUAUCCAAUUUAUAACUAUGCAUUACUUUCUAUUGGUUUAUCACACAAAAUAUCAAUAAAGUAAAUUAAAGUGCGUGGUUGUGAUGUGGCAAAAAGCGACAAAGUUCGAGGGGUGUGAAUAUUUUUGCAAGGCACUGUACACCCGUGUCUAACAGGCCCACAGGAGACCUUGAGCUUCUCUUCUAACUUCCCCUCCAAAGUCCCAUGCAUGUGUUUGUGUUCGGGUUAUUCUUAUAAAUGUCAAGCUGCGCGUCCCGUGCUUACAGUAAACACACAUGCCCUUGGUAUCUGAUGCCCUGAACUUCUGCAGUGGAUUUUACGCAUCUCCCAGACAACAUCCACUUCCCGUUGUUCUGCUCAAGCCGGCGCAGCAACUAUCUAUGGGGGAAUUUUUGUUUUUUGUGCACACGUUGCAAUUACAGGCACUCCACAGACAAAAAUUACAGGAAUUCAUUCAUUGGGAACACCAAUUGCCUUAGUGUGCAUAUACAUUUCUGCAUCGGACAUGUGUUUUACGGUUUUGGAACUUCCUCAGUUUUGUAGCCAAGCUUUGCAUUUUUCUGAUUAUCAAUAACAGCGUACCUAUUGCCUCAGACAGGAGUGACACUGAUUUGUACAGUGGUGUGGCUGUAUUACUUCAAAUGGAGCUGCCACAUUAAUGACACAAACAAGAUGACUGAGAUGUAUUGCUGAAAUGUUCAAUUUCUGCAUGUGAAAUCUGCAUCAGUCAGCUGUGUCACACAGAGAGCCGUUGUGACAGCGGUGGACGUUGCGAGUCGUCAGCUGUGUGUUUUUCUCAGUGCAUAGCUGAGGACAACACAUGGCUUAUUUCACAGGUGCCCUGUUUCCCACAUUGCUUACGUGGAUGCGGGUUGAUUUAAUGCAGACAUAAUCUAUUCAGAGUAUUUGUACAGCUGUUGCAUAACCACCCACAUACUCUGCAGGCGGACAUCUAUAAAUGAGAGGGAAACAACAGAGAUGUGCACAUUUGAAGCCUGGACCUGAAAGUGUUUGCAGCUCAGGAUGGACCACAGAUGGUGGAAAUUAUCCCUGGCCGUUCUGGUGCUGCUGGCCAGCACAUAUGCAGAAGCCUCAUUUUCACACCACAUGAAGGACUUCAUCAAGGCUGUAAAGCAGAUAGAAGAUGAGGACCCAAGCUCAGACCCCGCUGCUGUGCUGAAGAUGGUGCGCAGAGCAGCUGGCCUCAAUGACGCUUUCAUCCAGUACUUCCUUCCAAAUGCCGAGGCUACUGUUUCCGAACUGCCCGCUAACCUCUCAGAGUACUUUCGCAAGGCUGUGCAUCACAGGGUGCUGGAAGAUGCCAAAGAAGAAGGAGUGGCUCUGACCCCGGAUGGUACCACAGUUGCCCUCGGACCAGUCCUCCUGGGCAUCGAAGCUGGCUUCCUUUCCAAGAGCAAAGGACGAGCGAGAGGUCUCUACCAGCUCACUCUGGCCAGAGACCUGGGUCUUUCCCUCAGGCACGAUCCUUCUGGCGCAAAUCGCUUUGGACCCGAUGGCUGCUGGGACAACUUAACGUCUCCUCAAGUCUUCACGCUCUCAGACAAACCGACUUUGCUGACCACAGCUCAGGUCAAUGGCGCUAUGGAUGGCAUCAUACUGGGGAUGGAGGUUUCAACCAAUUCCGGUGAGCUUCCCAAGCUCAGCAGUCUGCUGAGUGAGUACUACGGCCACCAGCUGGACAGCAGGGGAAUGGACGCAGCCCCGCGUCUCAUAAGUCGACGUCGCAGGGAGAACUUCAGAGCGUUGCUCCUCCCUCCUCUGCUGGCCAAACAGGCGGCGAAGUCUGUGGAGCUGCAGCAAAGACUGGCGGGACACCCAAAGAUGGAGGUGAAGGCUAAGAGGCAGCUGACAGCUGUGAUGAAGGAGGGACUGAAAGACUUUGUUCACAUGUACAUGGAUUGUCCACCCUUCAUCCCCCGAUGCAUGUGGGGCGCUGAGCCAUACAGAGGAACACCCACCAAUCUGUCCUUGCCUCUGUCCCGCUUGUUCAUCCAUCACACCCACACACCCGGCGAGCCUUGUUUGACCUUUGAGCAGUGCUCUGCAGACAUGCGAUCCAUGCAGCGCUUCCAUCAAGAAGACAGAGGCUGGGACGACAUCGGAUACAGCUUUGUUGCCGGCGCUGACGGGUACAUCUACGAGGGACGGGGCUGGCACUGGCAGGGAGCCCACACGUACGGACAAAACUCCAGAGGCUAUGGCGUGUCCUUUAUUGGGGACUACCAAACCCGUCUGCCAUCUCAGCACUCCAUGGGGCUGGUGAGAGAUCAGCUGGUGUCCUGCGCUGUAGGCGGAGGCCGACUGGUGUCCUCCUACAUCCUGCAGGGGCACAGAGACGUGGUGAGCACGACCUGUCCAGGAGACGCCUUCUAUGAAGAAAUCAAAGGCUGGGAACACUUCGGGGAAGUCAGGAAACGAUAACCUUGAGCCUGGGUGGAGGAAGGAUGAAGACAAAGAACAAAAGCAUAAUAUAAUAAAGGUUAUUUUUGUUCCUUUGAGUUCACUGUUGCCUAAUUCUGUAAAAUAUGAAGCCUUUGAAGGCUCACAUUUUUUUUUAAUAAAAUUUUUUUUUACUACUU